UAUUUUUCUGUAGCGCGGAUAUUCAAGGGACACUGCAAGUUCUAGAGUUUCUCUACUCUCCCGUCCAAGAUCAUCACGUAGAAAUGGCCUGGUUCUGGGAGUCGAAGGCCCCAGCAAGUUAUGAGGCUACUCCAGACACCACGGCGACGCAGUCAGAAACCGUCACGGCGCCUGCUCCUCCAGUACCGAUCGCUGAAACCGUGAAGCCUAUUCUGUCUCGAGAAGAACAAGCCAAUCAAGAGCUCGCCGAGCUUGUAAAAGAGCUUCAAGCCCAGUCAGCAAUCGAGGACCGGCGACGGAAGCAAGCGAAAGAGCAAGGAAUCCUGAAACCGUCUGCACCAGUCUCCAAAGAUAUUUCUCCUGAUUCACUAUUUCCCACCGAUAUUUCCUGCCGGUCCGCCUUCGACUAUGCAAUGUUCUGCCAAAGCUUUGGUGGUCAGUUCGUCAACAUAUACCGCUACGGCACUUUCAGAUCCUGUUCAAAUCAUUGGGAUGACUUUUGGCUGUGUAUGCGGACAAGGAAUUGGAACAAGGACGAUCGAGCAGCGGCUAUCCAGGAUCACUACCGGAAACGAGCCGUCAAAUGGAAGACUGGACCAAGCAGUGAAGAUGUGUGGGAAGUACGAGAGGAGCCUGUAAAGAACGCGUUCGGAGGCAACUUCGCGGAAUGGGAAGAGCGGAAUCCAGACGGGGCAUGGCAAGACGGGGAGUUACCCUUCAAUAGUACUGAAGCCAAACGAUGAGACGUUGCGGACACUGCGUCUCGGUUCCAGUUGGCCAACUGGUCACAUGUAGAUCAUGAGAGUCGACUUGGCGCGACAGACCA